AAGAAAGUAAAAGGGUUCCGCUCUACUCUCGGGCUCCAUAACGGGCCCGUUUCAAAUGUAAUGGGCUAUGCCAUUGGUCAAAUUAAAUUCGAUUAGAGUAAUAAGUUGGCAACGGUGUACGAAUGCCGCCAGAUUAACGUCGAUUAGAGUGAUGAGUUGGCAACACUAGUCUGGAAGCGCCGUUUUGUAAAUAAGUCAUGCUGAUUGUCAGGAGGGUACGACUGGACCAAUAAAAUAAUUUUGAUAAGUUCUUGAAGAUUCUUUUUGCGUAUUAAAGUUGUUUAAAUCGAAUAUGGAUACUAGUAAGACCAGCAGUAUCAAGUUGUUACUAUUAGAAGCAUGGAAGGAAAGAUGGAGCGAUGUCCAAUGGGGGAUCCACAUUAAGAGAGUCCUUCCUCGAGGUGUAAGCGGAGAUGUAUACGAUUUGGCAGAUUGUAUAUUGCAACAAGCCUUAGUUGGAUCCGGACCCAAUCAUUUGUUCCUCUCCUACCUAACGCACUGCUUGAGUUCGCAUAUCGUGUCCUAUGGCGCGGUGCUGCUGAGCAUCAGCCGCUGUCAGAGUUUCUACAAACCGUACUGCAUCCUCAGCAUGUUGGACCUGCUGAAGAACAUCCAGCCGAGAGUUAGUUGCAGAGGAAACGACGAAGAGUGCAUCACGCUAUGCAAGGCCAUGGUGAGCAUCUCUCACUGGCUCUACUCGUGCCUCCACCAUUCCUUGGCCAAGUUGGCAGAAUUGAAACAGAGCCCCGAACACGUCUCCAUCAUGGAGAAGUCCUGCGACGCCCUCAAGUACGUCUGCAACUCGACCUUCAUGAAGGCUCUGCUCUAUGUCGGUAAAUUUGAGGAUCAGGGAAUGUACAACCAGUUGUUGUACAAGCACCAGGAGCUAGAGAGUAAGAUCGGCCAGAUACAGAAUUUUGUAAUCUCGAAGGAGGUGCUCGAGACCGGUCUGGGACUGAUAAAGGCCGUGGAUAAUUUGCCGUGCAUUGCCAGCCAGAAUAUGUACAGCAGCUUGCCGAAAAAGCAGUUGUUGUUGUGUAGUCUGAAUGCCAUGAUUGCCAUCGAUGCUAUAUUGAAUCCGGCCAGCGACAUACAGUCGUGCGUUGAUCAGUUGCUGCUCUUGCAGACGCUCCAAAAUCUGACAUUACCGGAACUAUAUUGCAGAAUCAUUCAAGCCUGUUUUAUGGGUCUGGUGGAUGCCGCCGGUAGUUCGGAAGAUUUGAAGUGGGCAGCAUUUACUUUUCUUAAAGUUCCACACUUAAUUUUACAGAUUCAUAACACUCAGUGGGGACAAAACCCUCAGCCGAGUAAUAAAGGAAGCGUGGAGUUAGAACAGGGUAUCGAAAAACUAUUGUAUUUUACUCCUCUUCUAGAUCUUACGGAUACUAAAAGUAACUGCGAUUGUUUACAAUACCUACUUACCGAAUUAUGCAAAGUGAAACUCAUCACGCCGCCACAGGUAGAUAAAAUAUUACUGCACAGGCAGAGCGAAUCGCAGAGACAGAAUUUGCCUCGUUCCGAACAGCAGACCACUCAGGCGGGAGCAAAUUUGAUCCUUCGUGCGGAACCGACAGUGAUCAGCAUCCUGAAAUCUCUGGAUUCCGAUUACUCUAAAAUUCAGGAAGCUCUGUUAGGAGUGUUAUGCCACAUGGUACCCGGUAAGAACUUUGAACUGAUCUUAUCCGCGGCAGCCGCGACGGGUAAAUUGCAUGAUUUUGCUACGAAACUCAUUAAAUUUAACGAAUAUAAUAAGCAUAGUAGAGAAGAAAAUGCAAAAGCUUCUCAGACACGGGCUCUCUUGUUCGACAUUACUUUUCUCAUGUUGAGUCAUAUUGUUCAGCAUUAUGGAAGCGAAAUUGUAACAAUGAGUGUCGAGACAAAGGAUUCAUUUUUUGCCAUGUGGAUCUCGGAAUGUUGGGUAGAAGGGGGAAAGUAUAAAUGUCCGGACAUGAUGCUUUCAAAGUGUGAUCCGAUUAAAGUGGACAACUUAUUAUCUCAGUUUACCAAUCCGGAUGCUGAUUUCAAAACGAAUCUGGUGAAAUGGCACGAAGUUUGCAUCAAUGCUCCGAUGGCAAUUAAAGAAAUCUUAAUUGCUUGGGAGUACGGAGCUCUUUCGACCGAUAAUGUUAAAAUGAUUCUGGACAAUGUUAAAAGCCGAAUGUGCUGCCUUCCAGUUUGUAUCUCUACCUGGCUUUGCAAUUAUAUCAACGUUCUACAUCAUGAAGAAAGACUUAAACCAAUGAAUAUGCUCCAACAGUUCAUGACGCCACUAUCGGUCGAUUCUGGUGCAACAGCCGAGGGCAUAACUGGAACCGGAAGCACAUCGAGCGGAAGACAAACGCCACAGCAAACGAGUCAAGACCAGAGUAAUAUUUUUUACAAAGAGCGUUCCACUUUAAUGGCUGGCAUGAUAAAGAAAAUGAUGUACGAUUUGCAUCCUCCCACUCAGACGAAAGCAAAGGGAAUGCCCGUCAUUCCGCACGGUUUAACGAGCCGAACACCAAUGUGGGACAUUGUGGAUGGUAUUUUCUGGACCGCGCACAGUCAUGGAUGGUUGGAUUUAAAAGCCAUACACAAUCUGGACACUUUAUUGUGUGUGGGAGGAGGACAGUGGUUCUGCGAUACUUUAGUCAGAUUUGCACUCAGAUUCGAACAUCUAGACGAUUUGCACAGAGCAAUCGAUUUGGUUUUUGGUUUAUUUCAUCUCGAUAUCGAGGAAUGUGCACUGGCUUUAUUAGUACAUGUUUUGCCAUCGUAUCUACACAACGAAGUGCGCCAGGAGAUGUUGGCGGAACCACGAGGCUCUGCACUUGCACGUUUAGUAGUCAUGACAACUUACGCAGCAUUGCAAGUAAGACAGAGUUCAACAUAUGCUAAUAGAAAAUACAUUAGAAAACACAGCUAUAGAGAUAUGGAAAUAGAAGAAAUUGAAAUAGAUCGUGGAAGGCCGAGUAAGAUGCGCAGACUUGUGAAUGACACGGAAUUGUUAGAGGAUACUCCUUACGGUUUACAAUCCAGCAGCGAAGAUCAUCUUCGAAACGUAAUUUCUGAUCCCAUUAAGAAAGCAAUCGCUGACAUCAUGAGAAUGUUAAUGAUGAUAGCGGCAGAUUCUACCAUCAGUCAGAAAUCAGUCUUCCCUCUUGUAUUUUUAGAACAAGUAAUUCUCUGUGCUAAAGACCAAGCUUACAUCAUACUACAGUUCAUGCCGCUUAGUCUAGUGCCACAACUGAUCAAAACAUCUCCGGAACGGCUCUCUCAUGAGCUAGUCCUCGCCGUUAGUAGUAUGCUGACACCCAGAUCUCGGAAAAUAGUCGCACGCACGCUCUGUCAAUUGGACGUUAUGCAGCAGAGAGAGACUUCUUGAAUUACAUUUGCAACAUAAUACAUACCGACUUUUUUUAAUACUUAUUGAUACAUUAAAUGUCUACAGCAUGUAAUAAAAUUAUAAUAUUGUGUGAUUUAAUUAAAACAUGUCAAGUAUAAAAUCACAUUAUCCAGGAUUAAUAUACUUUGUGAUGCAGUGUUUUAACAAUAAAUUUGCAUACAACCAUAUGUGAAAUGAAUCUCAAAGCCCAGAGAUUUGUUAUUAAUGGAUCUACAUGUUUAGUAUGAUGUUUCUUCUUGCAUCCUCUUGGAGGUGCACAUUUGCAUUUGUAACCAUCAGAAAAUUUGGCACAAUUGCAUGAUUUUGGCUCUGAUUGCCAUUGGUACAUCUCUUAAAGGAAACUAGAGGAGGAAACCACAGACUGAAGUCAGACUGUAGAGUGGCUAUGUUUUGCCACUAUGAGGGCAGUUUGCAGACAGUGUCGCAGCUCUGACAUCAAUCUGUACAAUUUUUCUCUAGGAAUUGCUUUAAGGCUGUGUACACACUAGGCAUUUUGCAUUGCGUUAAACACGCGUUAGCUCGGCAUUAGAAGAGCGUUUAGUGGAGCAUAUGCACUGGCUCAGUUUGGAAAUGGAUGUGAAAGUAAUUGCUUAUGUGCUCCUCCUCCAUCGUCGCUAUAAAAGACGAUGGCAGAGGCAAAGAGAAUUUUGGGUGCACCCAAUAUUACGAGAUAGACUGAUGCAUGGAAUGUUUGCGACAUUGCAUCCAAAACUAAGAUAAAAUAAACCCAAGUUUUUUAAUUCUUUUAAAAUAUCUAUAAAAUCCUUUGACAAUGAUUGGUCUCUUAGAUUUCAUCAAUAAAUAGAUUGAAAUGAUCGUUCUCCAUUUCGGCCAACAUACGUCCACUCUACCCGAAAACGCGUGAUUGAAUGUAUAGUAACAUGGCAGCACAUAUAUCUCAAAGUGCUCAGCUGAUGCCCGCAAAAUGCGCGUUUUAAGAAAAAUCUAUAAAUGCGCGUUUGAGUGUGUAUGCCUAUGCAGAACUCUUGGUUCUUUAAAACGCGCGUUUAAAAACGCCUAGUGUGUACACAGCCUAAGAGAAGAGCUCUCAAACAGAGAUGAGAUAUCAAAUCAUGAAGUUGAGCCAUACAUCAUUUGAGUGAUUGCCAAUGCAACUGGGAACCUCCAAGAGGCUGUGAAAACGGACGGCAUCAUAUUGAACACACAACUCCAUUAAUGACAAAUCUCUACGUUUUCAUUACUCAUUCCACAUAUGGUUUGUACCCAAUUUUGUCAAUAAAAAGUAAAUGGUAUAAAGUAUUUGUAUACCCUUUUGGUACCUUAGUGAAUAGGGACUUGUGGGGCUAACUGGAUGAUGAGAGAGUUUGCAGACAACCUCUCAACCUUGGCAUCAAUGUGUUUUCUCUAGGGUUGCCUUUAAGGGGUGUAUCGAAUGGAGAUCAGAGAGAAGGAAUUUCUGAAGAUUAUGAUUAAAAAAAUUUUGUUUGGCUUUUCAUGUAUCAAUCAUUGUAACCACUGCUAUUAAGUACCAUGCUCCAAAUCUGAGUAAUUUGUUACUGCUUUCUCAGCAACCUCACGAUUGAUGUUUAUUUGCAUGUUAAAUAUUGAUGUAUAUUAAAACUUAUUUCAGAAAUUACAUUAUCUGCAUUUUUCCAUCAUCAAAAGCAGCGUGCCGACAUAUGUAUUUUCAUUAAAUUUGCAUAUAGUAUGCCUUAAGUUACUUGCAACGGUUAAUCUUGUGAUUGUUUACAUGUAAAUCAUUUUAGUAUGUGUAUAUACAUGCAAGAUAUAACUGAUUCAAUUGAUGUUCUGCAUCAAUUCAAGUACAACCUUGAAAAGAAAGGGUUUGGCAAUUAACAAACAAACAUCUUUAUUAUAUUAAUAUAGACAUAUACAUUUAUCUGCAUUGCAGAAAUAUACUCAGUCCGACACAGCAGACAAAACUUGGCAAUAAUCAUUCAUUUGAAACAUAACUGAUGUACAGUAUUUCAAAUAAUAGAGAUCUUAA